GUGGAGUCCGCCCUGCAGGGCCCUGGCGGGAAGGGCCAGAUGGAUGGAGGGGAGCACACCUCUCUUCUGUCAGUCUUUCUUUCAGCAUGGAAGGAGCACCCACUUUAUGCCAGGCACACUUGCAGAUUUCCGUUACCUAUCCUAAACUACACUCCCAUCGUGCAACGGAAAACUGGCAGAGCUCAACGCGUGCACCGACGGAAGCUUGAGCCAAUCCAGUGUCAGAGCUCUCACCCGGCGACCUAUUGGCUCCGGCUGGAGGCGGGACUCUCAGUUGCUAGGCCGGUACCUUUUCCGGAAGUGUUUGUUGGGCGCUGCAGGGCAACACCCUGGCGUCCCUGGAAGCGGGGAGGGUGGGUUUUGGGUGGCGUUGGGGGAGCUGCGCCUAGCCCGGAGCCUCGCCUGCAGCCUUCCGGGGUGGGGGAUAGCCAGCACACCACAGGUGACAUUUAUUAUUUCAACUUCGCCAAUGGGCAGUCUAUGUGGGACCAUCCAUGUGACGAACACUAUCGGAACUUGGUGAUCCAAGAGCGGGCAAAGCUGUCAACUUCUGGGGUCAUUAAGAAGAAAGAGAAGAAAAAGAAAAAGGAAAAGAAAGACAAGAAGGACAAAGAGACCCCUAAAAGUUCCCUGGCCCUGGGUUCCUCGUUAGCCCCAGUUCAUGUUCCUCUUGGGGGACUGGCUCCGUUGCGAGGCCUUGUGGAUACCCCACCCUCUGCUCUUCGUGGAUCUCAAAGCGUGAGCCUGGGGAGCUCAGUGGAGUCUGGACGUCAGCUUGGAGAACUUGUGCUGCCUUCACAGGGUCUCAAGACCUCUGCUUCUGCAAAGGGUCUCUUGGGCUCCAUAAGUGAAGACAAGAAUGCUCUUAGCCUCUUGGCUUUAGGAGAAGAAACCAAUGAGGAGGAUGAGGAGGAAAGUGACAACCAGAGUGUCCACAGCUCAAGUGAGCCUCUUAAGAACCUACACCUGGACAUUGGGGCACUGGGGGGUGACUUUGAAUAUGAGGAGUCUCUGAGAACAAGCCAGCCAGAGAAGAGAGAUGUUUCUCUGGAUUCAGAUGCUGCUGGUCCCCCUACUCCCUGCAAGCCCUCCAGCCCAGGUGCAGAUAGCAGUCUGAGCAGUGCUGAUGGCAAAGGGCGACAGGGAAGUGGGGCAAGACCUGGAAUUCCAGAAAAAGAGGAAAAUGAGAAGAGUGAACCUGAGGCUUCCAGGAAUCUGGUGACCCCUAAGGUGGACCCUACAGGUGAUGAGCCUGCCAAAGCCUCUGAAAAGGAGGCACCAGAGGAGACAGUAGAUGCAGGAGAGGAGGGUUGCAGGAGGGAAGAGGCAGCCAAGGAGCCAAAGAAGACAGCUUCUGCUCUGGAAGAGGGCAGUUCAGACGCCAGCCAAGAAUUGGAAAUUAGUGAACAUAUGAAGGAACCACAGCUCUCAGAAUCCAUAGCUUCCGACCCCGAGUCCUUCUGUGGGCUGGACUUUGGUUUUCGCACCCGGAUCUUGGAGCACUUGCUGGAUGUUGAUGUGCUUUCCCCCGUCCUGGAUGGAGCCCUUUGGCAGGCCCAGCAACCACUGGGAAUAGAAAACAAAGAUGAUAGCCAGUCUAGCCAAGAUGAGCUGCAGAGCAAGCAGUCCAAAGGCUUGGAGAGGUACCACAGGUUAUCUCCUCCACUUCUGCAUGAGGAGCGGGCCCAGAGUCCCCCUCUCAGCCUGGCCACCCAAGAAGAGUCCCCCCAGGGCCCCAAGGGGCAGCCCGAGUGGAAGGAGGCAGAGGAGCCUGGGGAGGACUCUGUAGCCAGCCUCAGCCCGCCACUCUCCCUCCAGAGGGAGCAAGCUCCAAGCCCACCUGCUGCCCACGAGAAGGGCAAGGAGCAACACUCCCAGGCUGAGGAACUGGCCCCUGGACAGGAAGAGGCAGAGGAGCCUGAGGAGAAGGUGGUGGUCGGCCCCACCCUGCCAGUCUCUCCAGAGGUGCGAUCCACAGAGCCUGUGGCACCCCCAGAGCAGCUCUCAGAGGCUGCACUAAAGGCUAUGGAAAAGGCAAUGGCCCAAGUACUCGAGCAAGACCAGAGGCACCUGCUGGAAUUGAAGCAAGAGAAGAUGGAGCAACUGCAGGAGAAGCUAUGCCAAGAAGAGGAAGAGGAGAUCCUCCGGCUUCACCAGCAGAAAGAGAAAUCUCUCAGUUCCUUGAAGGAGCAGCUGCAGAAAGCCACUGAGGAGGAGGAGGCCCGGAUGAGAGAGAAGGAAAGCCAGAGGCUAUUCCGGCUCCGAGCCCAGGUCCAGUCCAGUGCACAAGCAGAUGAGGACCGCAUCAGGGCUGAGCCAGAGGCUUCCCUGCAGAAGCUGAGAGAAGAGUUGGAGUCUCAACAGCAGGCUGAGAGGGCCAGCUUGGAAGAGAAAAACAGGCAAAUGCUGGAGCGGCUCAAGGAAGAGAUGGAGGCUUUGGAGAAGAGUGAGCAGGCUGCUCUGAACACUGUAAAGGAGAAGGCUCUGCAGCAGCUGAGGGAGCAGCUGGAAGGAGAGAGGAAAGAAGCAGUGGCAAGGUUGGAGAAGGAGCACAGUGCUGAGCUGGAGCGGCUCUGCUCCUCGUUGGAGGCCAAGCACCGGGAGGUGGUCUGCAGCCUCCAGAAGAAGAUAGAGGAAGCUCAACAGAAAGAGGAGACCCAGCUGCAGAAGUGCCUUGCGCAGGCGGAGCACAGAGUUCACCAGAAGGCUUAUCACAUGAUUGAGUAUGAGCAAGAGCUCAGCAGUCUUCUGCGAGAGAAGCGCCAAGAAGUGGAGGGGGAGCACGAGAGGAGGCUGGACAAGAUGAAGGAGGAGCACCGCCAAGUGAUGGCCAAGGCCAGAGAGCGGUAUGAAGCUGAGGAGAGAAAGCAGCGGGCUGAGCUCCUGGGGCACCUAACAGGAGAGCUGGAGCGCCUGCAGAGGGCCCAUGAGCGAGAAUUGGAGACCGUGAGGCAGGAGCAACACAAGCGUCUUGAGGACUUGCGGCGCCGGCACAGGGAGCAGGAAAGGAAGCUCCAAGAUUUAGAGAUGGAACUUGAAACCAGAGCUAAAGAUGUCAAGGCCAGAUUGGCUCAGCUGGAUGUCCAGGAGGAGACCGCCCGGAGGGAGAAGCAGCAGCUGCUUGAUGUACAGAGGCAGGUUGCUCUCAAGAGUGAGGAAGCCACAGCCACCCAUCAGCACCUGGAGGAGGCACAGAAGGAGCACACCCACCUGUUGCAGUCAAACCAGCAGCUCCGGAAAAUUCUUGAUGAGCUGCAGGCCCACAAGUUGGAGCUGGAGUCCCAAGUAGAUCUGCUGCAGGCCGAGCGCCAGCAACUGCAGAAACACAUCAGCAGCCUGGAGGCUGAAACUCAGAAGAAGCAGCACCUGUUGAGAGAGGUGACAGUUGAGGAAAGUAACGCUGCCCCGCAGUUUGAGCCAGAUCUCCACAUUGAGGACCUGAGGAAGUCCCUUGGGACAAACCAGGCCAAAGAGGUGUCGUCUUCUCUCUCCCAGAGCAAGGAGGACUUAUACUUAGACAGCCUGUCCUCCCACAAUGUCUGGCACUACCUCUCUGCUGAGGGGGUAGCCCUCCGUAGUGCCAAGGAAUUCCUGGUGCAACAGACACGCUCCAUGCGGAGGCGGCAGACAGCUCUGAAAGCUGCCCAGCAGCAUUGGCGCCGUGAGCUGGCCAAUGUGCAGGAGGUGGCCAAAGACCCACCAGACAUCAAGGCCUUGGAAGAUAUGCACAAGAACCUGGAGAAGGAGACCAGGCGCCUGGAUGAGAUGAAGUCGGCCAUGCGGAAAGGCCACAACCUACUGAAGAAGAAAGAGGAGAAGCUGAAUCAACUGGAGUCUUCUCUUUGGGAAGAGCAGGCCUCAGAUGAGGGCAGUCUGGGAGGAGCCCCCACCAAGAAGACGGUAACCUUCAACCUCAGUGACAUGGACAGCCUGAGCAGUGAAAGUUCCGAAUCUUGUUCCCUGCCUCACAUCACCUCAACUCCGAGUCACACCUUCCGCAAUAUCUAUGGGUUGAGCCACUCCCUCCGGCAGAUCAGCAGCCAGUUGAGCAGCGUCAUUAGCAUCCUGGACAGCCUCAACUCUCAGUCGCCGCCACUGCUCCUCAACUCCAAGCCAGCCCACCUCCCUCCCCGGGCCUCCAAGAGCACCCCCACCCCCACCUGCUACAGCUCCCUGGCCAGGUUCUCAGCCUCAACAUCCGCUAUGCCCAUGUCCACCCAAUGGGCCUGGGAUUCAGGGCAGGGUCCCAGGAUCCCCUCCUCUGUGGCUCAAACAGUGGAUGACUUCCUGUUGGAGAAGUGGCGCAAGUAUUUUCCAUCUGGCAUCCCGCUGCUCAGCAACAGCCCUGGCCCGCUGGAGAACAGGCUGGGUUACGUGUCUGCCAGUGAGCAGCUCCGGCUCCUACAGCACUCCCAUUCCCAAGUCCCUGAGGUGGGCAGCACCACCUUUCAGAGCAUAAUUGAGGCCAACCGGAGGUGGCUGGACCAUGUCAAGAAUGACCCCAAAUUACAUCUCUUCUCUUCAGCGCCCAAGCCAACAACUACUUUGAGCCUCCUGCAGCUGGGCCUGGAUGAACACAACAGAGUGAAGGUGUUCCGAUGCUGAGGCCCUGAGCAGGAGCUUGGGGCAGCCUGGCCUCUCCUCCACCCAGACCAAGUGCCUGAGGAGCUGCCUGUGUUCUUCCAUCUGAGAAAGCACUCUCCUGCCCCCUUUGCUACUUGCCCCACUCGGGACUUACAGGCGCCACCAGGGACCAGGGGGUUGAGUGGAACAGUAAAACCACACACUCUAUGACCACAUAACCUAUCUUGGGCUGAAAUGUAUGGACUCGUACGAGCUCCUGUAUUGACAUGGGAAUCUGAUGGUGUGUGGUGGCUGUGGGGCAUUAGGGCCGGGAGCCCUUUGGGAGGAAGGGAGGUGUUAGAAGAGCUGCCUUCGAGGCUCAGGGAGUCCCUUUGGAGCUGGUUGGUUCCUUGGCCCUGCAGUGUACUGCUCGUGACUCCCAGGAAGGUUGUGUGUACGGUUCUUAGUUCAUCAGGACAAAACCGCCCAGCAUGUGUGUACCCUGGGACCCGGUUUCUCUGGGCCCACAUCUAUCUAUAAUACCUCAGCCUCAGAGCAGACCCUUUCUUUUUUUCUUUCGUUUCUUUCUUAAUUUUUAAAUGCCUCCUUUCUUGAUCAUUCCAUCUCUCUUCUUGACUCUCUCAGGAUUGGGCUCUGCUGUCUAGAGCCCUGCUGGAGGGUGCUGGGGGCUGUCCCUCUGCAGGCACUAUGCUUUCCUCAGGGCCAAUCUUCAGGAGCACCCCUCCUGCUCCCCGGAGCCAUCCCUGCUCGAGUCUCGGGUCUCAAACACAGCUUCUCCAGGAGGCCACAAAAGACCGGGAUGGCUUCUGGUCCUCAUGACGGUUUUUAUCUCCCUAGGAUACGCUGAAUAUAUUCAUGGGUAUUGUUUCCAUCGUCUUUUCUACCUGUGCCACCCCUGCCCUGAUUCCAUGGCUGCCUCUUCUCAGGCAAGCAGGCAGGCGAGGGGCUAGGUCGGUGCCUGGCCCUGGCAGUGAGGGGUUUUGUGCGGUUGGAGAUGGUGCUGUUGGAGCAGAGCGUCCUGCAGCCCCGCUUCCCGUCAGUGGGCUCUUGGGUGGGGGAUUUGCAGGGGAUGUUCUCUGACGUUUGUCCCAUUGUUUAAAUAAAAUGCACCUAUUUCUGUUUUUUUUUUUUAAAGCUGUGGGGUAGCCUUUGCCCCUCUAACAGACAGAAACUAACUCCCGCUGUCCUCCAACUUGUUUCUUGGUCAUGGAAUACGAAACUAAGAUCCAGCUUGCUGUUUAUCUCCUCAGAUGCUUUUUAGGCAUCGGCCCACCACACAGAAAACUUCCUUUCAUCAUGUGGCUCAUUCUGUGUGCUUUGGGAAUAGCUCAUGUGAUGCAGCCAACUCUAGUGAUAAUGCUGGUUUUUUUCUGCAUCAGUUAAAUCUCUGCAGGUCCAUUUUCUAAAAGGCAGUCAUGUAAAUAUGUCUCCUCCUCUUUGGAGGCCUUUGUCUCCUUCCUGAAAAGGGAGGAAGGAAAAAUGAAUAUUCAUGGAACACUGCCCUAUGUAGUACCUGAUUUAAUCAUCACAACAACGUAGAUAUUGAUGUAGAUGUUUUCUGCUCCGUUUUUAUGGUUGAAGAAACCAAAGCUCAGAGACCUUUACAUGCCUGGGGUCCCCAGUAAUGUAGCUGAGCUCCCUACAUGUGCAGUGCCCCCACACUCCAUCCCUGCACCCCCAGAGCACUAUCUUCCCCUCUACCAGUCCUUGGGAAAUGCUGAAUUUGCCGUCUCUCCCUUUGCCCCCUUCACUGUUCUCCCACCUACCAGCUGGAGACCCAUUGUGCCAUUUCCCAAAGGCUAAUUGGUGUUUUCUCCCCUGCUGACAAAUGCAAGAUGAGUACCCCAAAGUCCCUAAGCUGGCCAAGUUAGCAGGGUUUUUCCUGCUUCAGUGGUGUGAGCAGCCUAAAUAGAGUCGGAUUUGUAGUGACAGAAUUGGUAGGAGAGCAAACCAAGAUGGCCGCAUCACAUGGAUUUGUGUAAGAAAACCAACCUGAGGACAGAACAUGCAAGACACCCCAGUUCUGUGCCCUAGCCACUUUCUGGGGGGAAGGAGAAGGCAAGCUAACAUUGGUUGAGUGCUUGCGUUGUGCCAGGUGCUUUUCAUAUGUUAUUGUUUGUCAAUCUUAACCUUAUGACGUCAGUGUUCUUAUUUCUUCCAUGAGGCAACAGGGUCAGAGAGGUGAAAUCACUAUAGCCUGAGGUCAUACAGCUCAGGACCCAGUAUUUGAACCCAGAUCUCUGAAAGUUGAGAUCUGUUUACCAGGCUCUGCUGUGCGAGCAUCUCCUAUCCUCCUCCUGGCAUGCAGAACAGUCCUGGCCAACUUGGUCUGAAGACCUGGGUUGCAGGAAGGGGUUGGUUUCUAGCUGGGGAAAACCUUCUUGAGUUAGGGUUUACAAAGGGACUUUUGAAAAAGAUGCCAAAAUUGUCCCAUACCUCCUCCCAUGGAUUUUAGAAUCUAGCUGGGGAAGACUAGAAUCAUAGAUGUUUGGAGCUGAAAGGGGCCGUUUAGUCCGUUUAGACUGCAGUGACAGAAUACCAUCAACCAGGUAGCUCUUAAACAAUUUCUCACAAUUCUAGAGGCUGAAAAUCCAAGAUCAAGAUGUUGACAAAUUUGGUGUCUGGUGAGGGGUUUCUAGUUCAUAGAGGGCAUCUUCUGCAUCCUCACCUAGUAGAAGUGUAGGAUUCUUGGCUUCUUCAGCCCCUUCUAAGGCCACUAAUCCCAGUCAUGAGGGCUAUACCUUCACAUCCCAAUCACCUCCCCAAAGGCGCCACCUCCUCAUGUCAUCACAUUGGGGAUUGGGUUUCAUCAUAGGGAUUGGGGUCCAUAGCGGGGCUUUUUGGAUUACUCAUUCAGUCCACUCGGGUUUUGCAGUAGAGGAAACCACCUAGAGAUGGUACAUGAGGUGCCCCAAGUUGCAGUCACAGUGGCAGAGAUGGGAAUAGAACCAGUGUCCUACCUUCCUGGCCUGGGGCUUCAGAAAAGAGUUUUUUUUUGUUCUUUGUUUUUUUGUUUUUUUUAAAGGAUAUUCUUAGUAGACUGUGUGUUCACAUGACUCAAUAUUCAAAUGGUGCAAAAGUCACUCCAUCCAUGAGUUAUCUUGUGCUCUCCCUUGAAGGUAAGAAAUACUACCAGUUCUUUCUGGAGAUUUUAUGCAAAUAAAAAGGCGGGACACUUA